AUGUUGCUGGCUUUGGGUAGCCGGAGGGCGGUGCAGACGCAAUGGCCGAGGUUGACGAAUAGCUGUACUUCGCGGAGCUUGAGAGAUGGAGUGGUUAAGAGGACGCUGUUGACGGAGGCUCAUGAUCGGGGGCCGAGUGAGCCACCGCUCUUCGAACAAACGGUGCCUGAGCACUUUGCCGGCAUCGUGUCGAAAUAUGGAGAUCGUCCUGCCGUCAUAACCCGCCACCCACGCGCCUCCCUCACCUACUCCCAACUCGACGAAAAGAGCAAUGCAUUAGCACGAGGAUUACAAGGCAUUGGAGUAAAGAAAGGUGACCGCGUCUCCGUCUCCCUCGGCAACAACCUCGAAUUCGCCAUUGCAACCUACGCCAUCUUCAAGCUCGGCGCCAUCCUCAACCCCCUCAACCCGUCCUUCAAUGCAACGCAAGUCGUCAGCGCGCUGAAUCACCUCGACUCCAGCCAUUUGAUUAUUGGCGCGGAGACGCAUUUGGUUAGGAAGGAUCCGAGGGAUAAUACGGAGGUGUUGAAGUUUAUUGCGCCGGGGAUUGUGGGGGGGAAGGGCUCGCUCGGCUUGGACUUGGAGAGUGAGAGGUGUGGGAGUUUGAGGGGGGUGGUUGUCGUGGAUAAUUCGAGGGGUACGUUAUGGAUGGAAGAGGGGGGAUUGGGGGAAGGAGGGAUGGUGGAUAUGUAUGGUGAGAGGAUGGAGGGCUGA